AUGACGUCGCGCCAGCCAGUUCAGCCGCACCAGCAGCAGCAGCAACAGCAACAGGACGCGCAGCAAGCGACCAUGCCACAUCAGCGGCCCCAGCACCAGCACGGCGGCCGCCACCAUCACCACAACCACCACCACAACCACCACCAUCACAAGCACUCGCGCGGUGUUCCGCAUGCGAUCCCGGACGUGCCGCCCAUCCAACUCGUCUUCCACCGCGUUGGCGAGGACGAGGCCGCCACGGCCACGGCCACGGCGACAACACCUGCUGAUACGGCGUCCAAGGCAGGCCGCGCGGCCGCCACAGCACCACCGACGGCCGGUGAGGACGGCAGCGGUGGUCGCGGUGGUGUUGGUGACAAGGCAAGCGACAACGCUGCCGUGUACAUUGAGUUGAAGCGGCCAAACGAGGACAUCUUUCGUCCGCCGCCGCCACACUGCGUGCACCAGGUGCCUGGCCUGAAUGGCGAGCAGGACUGCUACCGCUUGCACGGCCCCUCUGUGAACCAGGUCAAGGCCGACUUCUUCAAGUGGGCCAUCAAGCACUGCACGCCGCCAAGCCUGCUGGUGAAGUUUCUCAAGGCAGUUGGUGUUCUGCAUGAGGAUGUGCCCGAGGCGGCUGGCGUCUCACUUCGCGCCGACCUCAUCUCCGCCCUCCGCUACAACCAGUGCAUCAUCACCAUCCACAAGAACGACAUUGGCCGCGUCAUCGGUCGCGACGGCCACCAUAUCUUUGCAUUCCAACAGCUCUCUGGCGGAAACAUGUACAUCCCCUCCAAGCCCAAACCGGACGAAGACGCUGUCGAGUUGGUCAUUCUGGCGCCAAACGCCCGCACGGUGACAUACUGCGAGGCUCUGGUCAACAUGAUGCUCACGCCCAUCAGCCAGGGCGGCGUCAAGCCAGACGACGAUGAAGCACAGGGUGUACAGGAGUCCAGCGCUGCAUACCGGGUGCUGCACAUGUGCGACAACGAGUUUCGACAACUGUUCCAGGGCCUGAAGCGGCCCAUGUCCGCCAUCCAGAUUGCCGUCAAGCGCACGGCCACCACUGUCUCCGCCUUUGGCCACGUGCCAAACACACACGCGCAGCAGGUUGUCCUUGCCGGCCCGGCAUGCAACAACUUGCUGGAGGAACUCGCGCAGCUGAUCCGGCGCGACCGCCACGGGAAGAGCAAGAAGCCUGCCAUGAUGGAGAUUGCCGUCAUGCACCACACCAACCCGGCCGUUGUCCUUCCGCUCAACAAACCAUACGAGACGCGCACGCCAGACUCGCUGCCGGGACCGUCCGGCCCCAUUGGUGUUCCACCGCAGUUCAUGCCCAUGCAAGGCACGCCAAUGCAGCCGCCAUUUGCGGUGUUGGAUGGCGGGGCCCCUGGCUCGCCCAUGACAACCCCAGGCUCAGGACCGCACCAAGCAGGACCGCCACCACCGCCUCCGCACCACCAGGGGAUGAUGGGCAGUCCUUUUGCAGUGCCGUUUGCCCCGCCAGGCAUGCACGUUCACCCGGUCCCCGUGUCUACCAUGGCCACUGGUGCGCCCCUGAUGCGCAGCCCUGGCAUGGGGCCGGCUGUUGCGCAAGUGCCGCUUAUGCCCCACAGCCCCAUGAUGCAACCCGGUGGUCCUCCCGGCGGCCCCACGCCACCCUACAUGAUGCAACAACAACAGCCACCACCACAGCAGCACCAGCAGCGCCCUCGCCACCUUCGCUCCGUGUCAUCAUCCACGUCACAGCCCGGCUCGCCGUUCACCGACAGGCGCAGUGGCGGUGGUGCUCAGCAGCAACUGCACCCACAACAGCCACAGCAGCAGCGUGCACAGGGUGCCACGUCUUCACCACAGCAGGCAAUGUAUGCACAGCAGCAGCAGCAGCAGCAGCAGCAUCAUCCUGUGUUGCUGUCCCCAACACAGCAUCCAGCACAGUUUCAACCCCAGCAAUUCCCUCCGUACCACCAGCAGCCACCACACGUGAUGGGCCAGCAACAGCAGCUACCACCAUCACAGCAGCACCAGCAGCAGCCACCGUCAGGCAUGCCCUACACGAGCACGGGCGCUGUUGUCACGACUGCGCAGGGCGGUGCCCCUUAUGGCGGAUAUUACGGGCCACCAACGCCCACGACAGGCCCGUUCAACGCCAUGACGCCAGGCUCCCAGCCCUCAUUCCCUUCCGCAGAUGGCAUGGGCAUGGGCGGGGUCAUGUACGUCCACCCGCAGUACUCCGCGCAGGCCCAGAUGUUUCCCAUCCAGUGCAACAACAUGCUGAAGCGCCGCCUGUCGUACCACUUUGCAACGCUCUCUGCGAUGGUGAAUGACGCGUUUGGCAGCCGCCUCAUGUGGGAACAAGGCGCGGACCACCUUGUGCUGGUGACUGUGCCCGAGCUCGUGCAACCCAUCAUGCACCAGCUGUACGAACUGCCCCUCCCACCCGUGCCCACAUCCCACCACCACCACCACCAUGGCGGCAGCAGCGGCCGCCAUAGCCGGUGGUCCUCUGAGGGCGACGAGGACACGCACCCACACGCCCAUCACCGCACCGCGGGCACGCAACAGCAACAGCAGUCGCAACAGCAACAGCAACACCAGCACCAGCACCAGCACCAGCACCAGCCUCAGCAGCAGCAGCAACAGCAACAGCCAACGGGCAAGAACGGAGGCAAGUCUGCUGCCAGGACGCGGGACGUCGAGGGUGCCGUGCGUGUUCCCGAACAGCAGCAGGUGAAGACGCAACAGCCAACAACGACAAUGACACCAACCAGCACCAACGGCGGUGGUGUUGCUGCAUCCGCGUCCACGUCCACAACGCCGAGUACGGGGGCGUCAAGUGCAACACCGUCGUCGUCGUCCCGUUCGCAGCGCCCGCCAAGCGUGAGCGGCGCCAAGGGUGGCAACGCCCCCAACGGGGUCGUAUGUGGUGCUGGCAUGACGCAGACGCAGCACGCAGACAAGGAGAACGCAACACGGUCCUCACGGUCGUCCCGCCCAUCGUCGGCCUCUAGUCACGGCGUGGGCACGCUUAGCAUGGACAGGCUCACGCUGUCUGGGCCCACGACACCAAAGGGCACGCACGCCAUGACGCUGCCGCCGCCACCAGGCAUGACCACACCCCCACACCCGCACUGA